GUGCCGUGGUGGGACGGGACCGGCCAUGAGCCGGCAGUGUGUGUGGCGGCGAGCGGAGCCGGCCUGGGUCCCGGGGAGGAGGGGAAGCGGCGAUCUCUGGUCAGCGGGCGUGUGUACGCGUCUGUGAGAAAGAGGGAGAGGGAGCGGGAGGCGGCCUUACCCCCUCCCCCCCCCCCCUCCUCCUCCUCUACCUCUCCCCAGUCUCCGGCGGUGGGCUUCCCGAUGACUGCGUGGCUGAUCCUGCCCGUCAGCCUGUCCGCCUUCUCCAUCACCGGCAUAUGGAUCGUAUACGCAAUGGCAGUGAUGAACCACCACGUGUGUCCUGUGGAGAACUGGUCGUAUAACGAGUCCUGCUCAGAGGAGACCUCAAAGCGCGACUAUCCCAAACGCUGCUGCACCGUCCAGGAUAUUCCGUUGGUCAGUAAGUGUGGCUCGUCCCCUCCUGAAAGCUGCCUCUUCAGUUUAAUUGGGAACGUGGGGGCUUUUAUGGUGGUUGUGAUCUGCAUUCUACGCUACGGCCAGAUUCUGGAGCGAUGCCACCCCAUGUGGAUCAACACGGGCGCCCUGGUCACCGGCUGUGUUAAUGCAGUCGGCCUGAUCAUGGUCGGAAAUUUCCAAGUUGACCACGUCAAAAGCUUGCACUACAUUGGUGCCGGAGUGGCCUUUCCCGCGGGAAUGGUCUUUGUCUGCCUACAGUGCAUCCUGACGUACAGAGUCGCGUUAUCACUUCUGGAUCACUGGAUAGGCCACAUCAGGGUUAUCCUCACCAUCCUGGCCUUAAUCUCUCUCGUCCUCAGUGGCAUCUUCUUCAUCAACGAGAGCUCAAUGUUCCAACAUGCCGCUGCCGUCUGCGAGUGGAUUUUCACCGUCGAUGUUCUGAUCUUUUACGGGACCUUCUCCUUCGACUUUGCCUCUGUCACCAACGAGACCGUGCUGGCUAUUAUGAGGAGGGGGAAGAGCAAGGCGUCAAAAUCCCCAGGCAGCAGCGCGUCUGCCCACCUGAACAGUAACCCAGAGAGCAUUGCCAUGAUUUGACCACUGCUGAGUCCGGUGCCACGCCGCCACCUUCCCUGAGUCGGGGCUGCACACACGCUCUGAGGUAAAAUGUGAACAGACGGCUGUGUAUCCUGCACCUCUCCCCCACCUUUAUCUGUUCCCAACAUGACUACCUUUGGUGCUACAGAAGAGUCCUGAAAUGAGAGGCUUGUGGUCAAGUCGUGCCCUUAAUUUGGACGCACCCGGGAAUUGCCCAACUCUACAAUAGGGAGCCUAUGGUUUCCUUCUGCCUUGGCGCCACCAAUCCGCGCCAAUCCUGUGCGCCCUGCCCUCUUGUGGUAGGAGUUGCACUGCUGGGUCGAAAGUUUGCCAUUCUUGCUUCGGAGUCUGGGUGAGGGCAACGUGGCGUUCCUUUGCAACUCCUCACCCGCUCCAUGCGGCAGAAGCGACCCGUCGAUGGGCUCCCCUGCACAGCUGCUUCAGAAAGAAUAGACCUUCAGUGGUUGGACAGACCUGGGAGCAACACGUCCUCAGGCUUCGUGAGUUCCGGAUUUAUUUAUAUUUUAAGAAGAAAAGGGAAGCACUUGUUUUACUAUGGGAUUUUUUUUUAAGCAAACCUUUAUAAAUUCUUCUGUCUUGACAUCUUGUCUUUUCACUGGGUUUCCACAGAGGAAAUACUCAACACUGCUGUGGAAAUUAACCCGUGUUGGAGCCUUGCAAUGAGUCACCAACUUCACACAAAAAUCAUGCAUCAGAAGUUUUGUUUGUUUUCUAAAAUAAACUUAUUUUUAAAUGUU